AUGGCGGCUGCUGAAGAGCAGCUGCCCGUCUUCUAUCCCCCGCCUCAGGUAUAUUGGCCCUGCCCGCCAGAGGUGUAUCCUCAAAACACACUGGACUCCUUCCUCCUCUAUGCGCUCUCGGUAUCUGGCACCACUGCUCUCGAGCUUGCACGACGCGAUCCAGCACUCCAGUCAAAACAAGCAAAAGUCGAAGCCGCAAUCAAGCUCCUCGCAGAUGCACGGACAUCCCCUGCUGAGCUACUAGCAGAUAUUGCUCUGGCUGCUCCUUCAGGCCACUAUCUAUCGGACUAUCGGGCGGGCUUGCUCAACAGUCGAGGCCUCGACUAUCUCUGGAACUCGCUCUCAGUGCUUCCUGGGUGGAAGCGAAAGGUUCUGGCCAUCCUUCAAGUGCAGGCUGUGGGCUAUGUUAUUGAUAUGGUGGACCGGGAGAUGCAGACGGCUCUCUUUCGUAUGUCCUCACUCACGGUUACCACUCAGUUUCUCCAGGAGUUCGACCUCGGCAACAUCACUCAGAGUAUCAAAUCGUCUCUACCCGUAGCUUGGGACCUUGUUACAUCGAUUAUCCAGCGCCGGCGAGUUCGCACUGAGGAUCUUACACCAAGAACUGAGGUGGUUGCUACAGCUCUGAUCUCUCAGGUCUCCCACCUUCGAUCACAGAACAACAUGGUGUUUCAAUAUCCCUUUGGUCUUAUGCUCCUUGGGCUCGGUCUCCCCCCUCGCGCGAUUAACAUCUUCUCGACAGUCGGCCUUUGUCCCGCAUACACCACGAUUCGAAAAACGUUUCAAGCACUCUCUGAUGAGCGUGUCGCUCUGGCUCGCCAGGUGGCUUUGGGGUUUCACGGGAUCCAGUGGGAUAAUGUCCACAUCUCAAUGUCUGAACACCCAACUCAACGAGACAUGGCUCGUGGUAAGGUAACAACAGGCACUCAGGGCACUCUUUGUCGACUUCCUGAUGUUCCGCACUCGGUGGCUUACUCCCUGCAUGAGCAUCUCGUUCGGCGCGCUUCGCUUGAUCUAAUCACGUACAAAAACGAUGUUCGAACAACUCUAGCUCAAGGGGUCGACAUCUCAUACCACCUUGUCAUUGAUGUGGUCAAAAUCCUUCGAAACUCGGCCGGAAACGCGUUCGAUUACUUGGGCAACCCAGACGAGCUUUGCCACCGCUCGUAUUUGCCAUUACCAGCGGGACAAAAGGCAGACCAAUACCCACUGCCAACGACAACAAUUGACGAGUCUACAACCAUCGGAAACAUCGAAUUUCCCCACACAACGUACACUGUAACGCUCAAGAUAACACCCAGUCAUUUUGAGGGCCUCAACAUACCACUCAACGCUGAUCAGUCCACUCUUGCACGCGUUCGAAGCGCUAUGGAGCUACGAGCCGGCGAUGAAAAUGCUUUCCACCGCCUAGAGGUGUUCCAGCUCAGUCCAGGUCCUUUUCACAUUUAA